GGCCGUACCCUAGGGCUCCGGUGGCGCGGAGCCGAGCCCGGGCGGGAUGCGGCCGCCCCCGGGGCCGUGGUGGCUGCUGCUCUGGCUGCCGCCCUUGGCCUCGGGGCCAGUGCACUGGGAGGAGGCGGCGUUGUCAGUUUCAAGAUGUAAAAUAUUGAAGGAAAUGGAUUUAAUUCAAACUUCUUUGUCAGACUGUUACUGCUAUAAUCAAAAAUCCCAGGCAGAGUGGACAUACAUGUGGUCAACCAUACAGGUGAAAAUUACCAGUCCGGGCCUGCUCAGUAUUGUAUAUAUCACAGAAAGACAUAAUUGCCAGUAUCCAGAAACCAUUUUAUCUUUUACCAAAUGUAUGAUUCAUAACUUUUGGACACCAAAGGACUCUAAUGAAGUAACCAUAGUCAUCAAUCCAUACGGGCAGACCGUGUGCUUCUCUGUGAAGCCUGUCAGGCUGUUUAUCUAUAAGAUAAGCAUAAAUCGCAACACUGUGGAUUUCAAACUCCUCCUUAUCUCUGUGGCAGGCGUUUUCCUUUUUUUUUAUGCAAGGGCCUUGAGUCAGAGCCCUAUUUUCUAUUACUGUUCAGGGACCUUGCUGGGUGUUCUAAUGACACUAGUCUUUGUCCUGCUAUUGGUGAAAAGGUACAUUCCAAAGUAUAGCACCUUUGGGGCUCUAAUGGUUGGUUGUUGGUUUGCCUCAGUUUAUGUUGUAUGCCAGUUGAUGGAAGAUCUGAAGUGGCUGUGGUAUGAAAACAGACUAUAUGUAUUAGUCUAUGUUUUGGUAGUUGGAUUUUUCAGCUUUGCCGUCUGUUACACACAUGGGCCCCUCGUUGACGACAGGAACAGAAGUCUUCUGAUGUGGACGCUGCGGGUCCUCUCCCUGGUCCUUGUCUACGCUGGUGUGGCUGUGCCUCAGUUUGCCUAUACAGUCAUGGUGCUCCUCCUGUGCUCCCAGAGUCUGUACUAUCCGCUGAAAGCUUUCAGUUACAUCAGGUGGAAAAUGAAGCCAUGGUUUACAACAGAAAAGCUGGUAGUGAGGUAUCUCACUGAAGAUGAAUACAGGGAACAAGCGGAUGCUGAAACGACCAGAGCUCUGGAGGAACUGCGCCAGGCCUGCCGCAGACCUGACUUCCCAGCAUGGCUGGCCAUCUCUAGACUCUAUGCUCCUAAAAAGUUUGCAGACUUUGUUCUUGGAGGAAGCCACUUGUCACCUGAAGAAAUUAGUCUGCAUGAAGAACAGUAUGGCCUCGGAGGUGCUUUCUUAGAAGAGCAGCUAUUUAACCUGAGGACCGCCUGACAUUUACUUCAUGCUGGACAAGGAAGUGGGUAAAGGGCAGGGAUCCUGGUAAAGUUAGGCAGGAUCUCAUGGCAAAAAUAUUUGCUAUUGGAAAAAGAAGUCAUCAGGAGAGAAAAAAACUAACCUACACUGAAUAGCAUUACCUCCGGGAAGUUCUGAAACGUAUUGCUCUGUAGGCAGACACCAAGAUGCUGUGAAAGAGUCUCUACCACUCCUUGGAUGAGACUGUCAUUAGAAGAAAGGGAAUUGUGUUGUUCUUCAAGGAGCCAGGACAUGAAUAAGUAUCUUGUCAACUCUAAGAUAGCAAGUUUUCCCUCAAUUCUCUCUGAACAUUGGUCAGAAGAUUCUGCAUUACUGUCCUUACAUUCCCUCAAUCUAAGUGCAGGAAGAGGCUCGAGAUACUCUAGACUAGUCUAAAGAUAGUCCAUGAGCUGCUGAUAAGUGUAAAAGGAUCUGAGGUCAACUAAGAUUGAUACAGAGUUAAAUAUACUGCAGGACUUUUCAGAGCCUUUAAUGAUACCAGUGAACAUUGUGAAUCUCUUCAGGGGAAGAAAUUGUGUGCACCAGUUUCUGUCUUAAUUUGACCGCAGAACACUUUUUGAUGAAGUGAAUAGUCCUUGGAACAAGUUUUUUAGAAAACGCUAAUUAAUCGUGGUAGAAUUGAGAUUUGAAGAGAUGAAAUAACUGUUUCAAGACCGCAAAACUAUAGGCAGCACUGGUAACUCAGCCCUACUGUGUCCUAUUUCUCAGGUAGUAGAAGACCUCUGUAGACUUAAGAUGAGGAGCCAAUUCUCUAUAGCCUUGGGUCUCACAAUCUUGGUGACUAUUUUAUUUUUUAAUAAUGGCCAAAUAGCCAUUUAAUAACUGUGAUAAAGAGAAACAUUUUAUAAGAUUAUAUUUUAAGAUUUUGAUGAGAUUUUUAUAUACAUACAUAGGGUUAGAAGUUAGAUUUCUCUAAUUUUUGUGUGUAUAUGUGUAUAUAAUAUAUAUUUUUUAUGUUUUGAAAUUGAAAGCAUUUUAAACAUUUGUGACAUUUUGAGUUGAGUCUCUCUCUAUUUUUUUCUUUUUAAGUUUUUGCCAGAGGAUGUAUGUACUCACUGAAAGAGACAGAAAAACAGAGAGAAGGAAAGUGAGAAAUCACCCUCACAGGGGGGAUGGCC